UUUCGAUUUAGGUUACCGUUUGUGUUUCUGUUUGUGUAUAUUUUCAUAUUAAAACUUACAUCAAAUAGAACGAAAAUGUCUGAUGAUGAAGACACCCAAUAUGUUAAAAAAACAAAAACGAUCCAUUACGGUUCAUUGGAAAACGCCGAACGGGCUAGAAUUGAAUCGCAAAAUGAAGACAUCGACAAUAAAAUUUCAACGCCUGCUAACAAUUCCCCGGUACAUGCACCUUCAGAAUACAUGGAACUCGAGGAUGCAAUGUCUAAAGACAAGCAAGCUUUGCUCGAAGAAUUCGAACGGAAGAAGAAAGCUCGAUCGAUAAACGUAUCCACAGAUGACGCCGAAGUAAAAAGAAAUUUACGACAAUUGGGGGAACCUAUUUGUCUUUUUGGCGAAGGCCCUGCAGACAGGAGAUCGAGAUUAAGAGACAUUCUGAGCAGGAUUGGUGAAGACGCAGUAAUAAGACGAGAAGCUGAGGAAGAACGUAAACUCUACGAAAAAGACCAAGAGACAACGUGGUAUCACGAGGGUCCAGACUCGCUGAGAAUAGCUCGAUUAUGGUUGGCUGAAUAUUCUCUACCCAGAGCUAAAGCUCGUUUAGAAGAGGCCAGGAGACAAGUCGACUUACCUGCGGCUACAAAGACUGCAAGAACUCAAGAGCUCCAGAAGAAAAUCCAAUCGAUGGCUAUUUAUUGCAGUCAAAUAGGCGAUACACGACCCAUAUCGUAUUGUCAAUUUAGUCCAAAUUCUGAACUCUUAGCUACAGCUUCUUGGAGUGGUUUAUGUAAAGUAUGGUCUAUCCCCGAUUGCCAGUUGAAACAAACAUUAAAGGGACACACGUGUAAUGUAGGAGCUAUUGUAUUUCAUCCCAACGCUACUCUAAAUAACGAUGAAAAAAUUUGUAAUAUGGCUUCUUGUGCUGCAGAUGGAUCAGUUAAAUUAUGGGAUUUUGUUAGUGAAGAACCUAUUGCUGAUAUUGAAGGACACAUGCCACAUAGAGUGUCACGAUUGGGAUUCCAUCCAUCGGGAAGAUUUUUGGGAACGUGUUGCUUUGAUAACUCUUGGAGACUGUGGGAUUUACACCAAUGUCAGGAAGUUUUGCAUCAAGAAGGACACGUUAAACCGGUGUAUUGCAUAUCCUUCCAAGUAGAUGGAUCAGUUUGUGCUACAGGAGGAAUGGAUGCUUUCGGCAGAGUGUGGGAUCUCAGAACAGGAAGAUGUAUAAUGUUCAUGGAAGGGCAUUUAAAGGCUAUAUUAGGUAUCGAUUUUUCAUCAAACGGAUAUCAAAUAGCGACGGCGAGCGAAGAUAAUGUUUGUAAAAUUUGGGAUUUACGGAAGCGCUCAAUUUUGUACUCCAUACCGGCGCACACGAAUCUAAUAUCAGAGGUUAAGUUCCAAAAAUUCACCGGUAGUUAUUUAGUAACGGCAUCGUACGAUAACACGGUGAAAAUUUGGACUAGCAAAACUUGGCAACCUUUGAAAACUUUGUCUGGACAUGACGGUAAAAUCAUGUCGAUGGAUAUUUCACCUAACGACCAGUACAUAGCUAGUAGCUCUUAUGAUAGAACCUUUAAACUUUGGACAUCAGAAGCUAUUUAA